UGCAGGACCGUCGGGAUGGAAGUUGUAGGGCGUUCUUUCUGCCUUGCGGCUCUGCUCUGUGCUUGGCUCCUGCUCGGCUCCGGCUGGGGCUUGGGGCCCCCCGGGGUCGGUGCUGCCUACGUGCUGGAUGAUGCCGGCGGGCUGGGCAGGGAGUUCGACGGGAUCGGGGCGAUCAGCGGCGGUGGGGCCACAUCUAGACUCCUUGUGAACUACCAAGAACCGUAUCGCUCCCAGAUCUUAGAUUAUCUGUUCAAGCCAAAUUUUGGUGCUUCUUUACACAUUCUCAAAGUAGAGAUUGGUGGUGAUGGACAAUCAACAGAUGGCACUGAACCCUCCCAUAUGCACUAUGAAAAUGAUGAGAACUACUUCCGAGGUUAUGAAUGGUGGCUGAUGAAAGAAGCUAAAAAGAGGAACCCCCAAAUUAAACUGAUUGGAUUGCCCUGGACAUUUCCAUCAUGGAUAGGGAAGGGUGAAAACUGGCCCUAUGAUUAUCCACAUGUCACUGUUUACUAUAUUAUUUCUUGGAUAUUAGGAGCUAAACAGUAUCAUGAUCUGGAUAUUGAUUAUAUUGGGAUAUGGAAUGAAAGGGCAUAUAACAGCAAAUAUAUCAAGCUGUUGAGGUACACACUGGAUAAGAAUGGUCUGCAGCAGGUGAGGAUCAUAGCCAGCGAUAGACUGUGGGAGCCCAUUUCCUUUGUCUUGCUGAUUGACUCUGAGCUCCAUGAAGUGGUCGAUGUCAUUGGGGCUCACUAUCCUGGGACAAAAACAGUGCCAAAUGCCUUACUGACUCAGAAGAAACUGUGGGCUUCGGAAGAUUAUAGUACUUUCAACGAUGAUGUAGGUGCAGGCUGUUGGGCUCGGAUCCUAAACCAAAACUACGUGAAUGGAAACAUGACCUCAACUAUUGCAUGGAACUUAGUGGCAAGUUAUUAUGAAGAAUUGCCCUUUGGUCGAUGUGGUUUGAUGACAGCACAAGAACCAUGGAGUGGCCACUAUAAAGUAGAAGCACCUAUUUGGAUUACAGCGCACACAACACAAUUUACACAGCCAGGAUGGUCCUACUUGCAGGUGGAUGGACACUUAGAAGGAGGUGGAAGCUUUGUAGCUCUGACAGACGGCCUAGGAAACCUUACAAUAAUAAUUGAAACUAUGACACACAAUCACUCUAAAUGUAUCAGACCUCCACUGCCUCACUUCCGAGUUUCACCUCAGCGAGCAACUUUCUACCUCAGAGGGUCUUUUUAUUUCCUGAAAACUCUUCAGGUGUGGCACUCUAGGCUUGGAUUUGAAUCUGCAAACUCUAGUCUUUUUGAGCAACUUCAUCCUGUAAAGAUCUGGAGGGGAAGUUUUUCUUUAGACCUAGAUGUGGAUGAAGUCUAUACUUUAACUACACUUAAGACAGGACGGAAGUGUAGCUGCCCAGAGCCUCCACCACCUCAACCCUUUCCUUCAAAUUACAAAGAUGACUUUAAUAUUCGUAAUCCACCUUUCAGCGAAGCUCCAAAUUUUGCAGAUCAGACGGGUGUGUUUGAGUACUUCGUAAAUGGCUCUGACCCAGGAGAUCAUGUUUUCACACUCCGACAGGUGGUGAUUCAGCGACCCAUCACUUGGGUUUCUGAUGCAGACCAGACAAUCAGCAUCAUAGGAAACUUUCAGUGGGUAAAUCUGACAGUCACUUGUGACAUCUACAUAGAAAAACCACUUGAUGGGGGUGUGUUCAUUGCUGGAAGAGUAGACAAUGGUGGGAUAUAUGUUCGUCGUACCAAAGGAGUUUUCUUCUGGGUUUAUGCAGAUGGCACCUACAGAGUCACUGGUGACCUAGCUGGAGAAGAAAUAUUAAUGAAAGGGCUUUCUGGUGUCCGACAUAAUGCUUGGCACACACUUACUCUCAACAUCCAGGGCACUUCUGCCUCAGGACUGUUAAAUGGUUAUCCGCUCUGGGAGAACGUCACCAUUUCUCAACCAAGUAAUGGCUGGGCUGCUAUUGGAACUCGCUCGUUUGAGUUUGCGCAGUUUGACAACUUCCAUGUUGAAGCUAGAUGAGGUAGCUUUUGCAUUUGGAGAAUGUCAUCAUCAUACUUUGAAGAAGAGUCAGCUCAAACUUUGGGGACAGCUUAACACUGACACUGAUCUGUUGGCAAAGAAUCUGAAUUCUCACCCUGUUAUUUUAUAAAGCUUUACAUUACUAGUUACCAGUGUAAGUUUCAUCCCCUGGUUGCUAUGGAAUUUUUACUCUUAGAAUUCUGGGGGUAAAUUUUAGUUCAAGGUAACGAUGAAAACAAAAUCAUAGAUCCUUUUAUUCAAGAAUGAUCAGAUCUUAACUUCCUAUCUCAUUUUCAAGCCAAAUUUGAAAGUUAACAGAAGAUAAGGGCCUCUCAAGCUGCAUUUUUUUUUUUUUUACACUAACGUGACUGUGUCCAUUCCUUUCACUGUAAGAAUUAAAUACCAAUAAGCCUAAUGAUCUAGUGGCCCCAUGCAGCUGUACUAUAAUUACUUUCAGAUUUCAUUUGGAUGAAGAACCUAUUUUUUCCUGUAUUAAGAAAAACAAUGUUUUGUCUAUUUAUGCUACAGUCUGAGUCUCAACAUUACAAUGCUAAAGGUGUGUUUGAUUACAACUUCCAACUUUUAUCUCUAGCCUUAUAAAUAUUUCUUUUGAGCAGAAGGGAAAUCUCUUAUGGGUGAUUAGGCAAUGCAGGAUGUGCCUUAAGUUUCAACUACCU